AUGAAAAUGGGAAUGGGUUUAGUGUUGCUUACAGUUUUUAUGGCUGUGAUGUCUUCAACAAGAGUCUCUGCUCAGUCGAGUUGCACAAACGUGUUAAUCAGCAUGUCGCCGUGUCUCAACUACAUAACAGGAAACUCUACCUCUCCUUCUCAGCAAUGUUGUCGUCAGUUGGCUAAUGUAGUUCAGACUUCUCCUGACUGUUUGUGUCAAGUCCUCAACGGUGGAGGCUCUCAGCUCGGGUUCAAUGUUAACCAAACACAAGCACUUGCUUUGCCAACGGCUUGUAAUGUUCAAACUCCUCCUGUCAGUCGCUGUAACACUGGUGGUAGUGGUGGUGGUUCUACUGCUGACUCUCCUGCAGAUUCACCAAAUUCACCAAACUCUUCAGGACCAGGAAAUGGAUCGAAAACCGUACCAGUAGGGGAAGGAGACGGACCAUCGUCUGAUGGAAGCUCUAUCAAGUUCUCAUUUCCUCUUCUUGCUUUCCUUUCCGCGGCUUCCUACAUCGCAGUCUCCCUCUGA